UUGCAACCGUUGAUGGUUACACCAGUGUUCUGCUCUUGUGAUGUUUUGUGUGCAUGUAAACAAGUGUUGUGAUUCAUAGUUACCUCUCAAGAACAUUGUACAGUGAUUUAAUUUAUAAACAAUACCAUUUCUGUUUUGUUUUCUUGGUUGUUUUGAUUGGUAGACUUAUUUUAUUUUGUCACAUGGUUAGAAGAGUCUUGACUUCUGUAGUCGUCAAAGAACUUAAAAGCACUUUAUUAUUUUAUGUGCAAACUUAAAUCAUGUGAAGAUGACGUGCAAAUGUUGCAAGGCAUAAAUCAUCGUUGAAAUUUCAUUCUUGUCAUCCACCGACCUAAUGUCUUGAACAUCUAGCAGCUGGAAACAGAAAUAGCCGCAAGGAUGGGUGAGGAGGCGGCGUUAGACGACUCAGAUCUCUCGGACAUAGAGAUUGACGAUGAAAUCACAGAAGAGCUGAUGAAAUUGGAUUUCAUGGGAUCCAGCUCCGACGAAGAUGAAGAAGAGGAAGAGGAAAGGUUAGCUGAGGACAAGGAGGAUAAAAGGCUAGUGGAGGAAGAAAGACCGCAAAGAGGAGAUAGUUUAGAAAGAGAACUUGAAGUCAUGUUCAUGUCUCAAAAUGCUAAGGAAGUGCCUGGAGGGGUGGAGGAAGGGGCCAGCAAAGAUACAGGAUUGGAGAGUAUCUCUGACAAUGAGCUAGACGGUCCGGAAUCUGGAGAAUGUGAUACGAGUGACGGAGAACUGCCAGACAGUCCCAACAUAGUAGUGACGAUGCCCGAUACGCCGCCCAUCAACCACAUGCAAGGGAUAGAGGACCUGUCGGGUUCCAGCGACGUGGAACUAGUGGAUGAGUAUCACGGAAGAGAAGGCGAGUAUUACGAGAAACCUGCUAGAGAAGUGAUCAUCGAGAAGAGGGAGGCUGUUGUCAAGAGGAAAGAAAAAAGUCCGAGCAAAAGUAGAGAAAGGAUUAUUGAUAAAGUGAUAAAAGACAAGAAAAGCAAAAGUAAAAAGAAAAACGAAUCGGAAGGUACGGAAGAAGAAAAACGACGCUUAAAACUCGAAAAAUACAUGGCGCGAUUGGAAAUGUAUAGAGCUAAAUGUCGUGAGUAUAUGAAACAGAUUUCAAAGAAAACUGAACUCAUGAAAAAGAACGAGAGAAAAAAAAUUUUAAUAGAAAAGAACAAAAUCAAAAAGAGGAUUUCUGGUGAAGGUAACAAGUUGAAGUCCAUUGUGAAGGAAGUAGUCAGAGAUAAUUCACCUCAUAGUUCAACAUCGUCAAAGUUUGAGCGCAGCUCGCACUCGUCGAAAACAGACAAAUCUCCGCUCAGUGAAGUCCACGCCAAACGAAGUUCCUCGGAUAAAGAGCGCAAGUCCAAGCACAAAAAACCUAAAAGCAAGUCCAGAGAAUUAAAAGAGCAUAAACUGUUAUAUCAGGAAUACUUACAUUACCUUCAAAUAGAGCGGCAGAAAUGUCUCGAAGAGGGAUUCCUUAAGUCAGAAAAACCUAAAAAGAUUAAGAAAAAGAAAUCAAAAUCUAAGAGUCCCGAAAAGAAAAAGGAAAUAUCUCCUACGAAGAAACAAACUCCUCGUCCUCCAAUUUUAUCUUUUUCUGAAUUUUGUAAUAACAGAGAACUAGUUUCACCUGAUAAAGAAAUUCCGCAACCUCCUGUCAAGGUAAAAGCUAGUGAUGAUGCAGAAGUAAGGAAAGAAAGGACGUUAUCUGUAGACUCUGCAGCGACGACGGCUACAGUGAGGAGUGACCCAGCUGACGACGACAAGGAGUUGUUCAUCACAAUUACUGACCUCGAAAAACAAGACAAACAAAAAGAAAAGAAAAGUAUAGAAGAAGACAAAGAGAAAAUCGAGUCUGAAUUAGAAAAGGAUCCAGAGCUGAAGAGUAUAUCAGUGUUUACCAGCGUACUAUUCAAGGGCGACUCUGAAUCAAAAGCCAUCCCUUUCUUGUCAUCCGAAUGCCGUCCAUCUAGUCCAAAGCUGACCGAAAUCAAACCCAAGAAAGCGUUCAUUCAAGAUACAGGUAUAGAUGAAAUAUACGAUAUGAACGACGAUCUUUCGAAUAUUUCUCAAUCUAGUCUUUCGCCGUCCAGGUCUCCCGUGCCUAAACUGCACAAUAAGGCGUUACUUAAUUUCCUAGAAAACCAAAAAGAAAGGAAGGAGGGCUUGAACAAGAAAUCUCCAGAAAAGAAGUCAAAACCUUCCAGGUCGCGGUCUAAAAGUCCCAGGAGAGAAAGAUCGAGGUCGAAAAAACGAAAAAGAAAACACCAUUCGUCAAUAUCGACUGUUUCACCAUCUCCUCCUCCUCUCAGGCCGCGAUCUCCGGAGAAUAUCCAUAGGAAAAGGACUUCUCCUACGGCCUACCUCAAAGAGCGGUGGAAGGACUACCCGUCACCUCCCGAACAUAGACUGGCCAAGAGAGAUCACAGACUGACAACUCUAGUCCGCAGACGAUCCCGAUCUCGGACACGCAAGGUCCACCGCAGCAGAUCGUCCAGUGAGGAGAGAGAGAGGCACUACAGACGGUACAAGUCCAGGUCCAGGUCUAGGUCCAGAUCCAGGUCUAGGUCUCCCCCAGUACUUACCAUGGUGCAACUGACGGCAACGGAGAAACGGCGCAAACUGAGGGAGGAUCACGAGCGGGCGCUGGCGUCGCUCAGGGAGACGAUACGGAAACCUUUGUCGACGACUCCAUUAUCCAUAACCAUCACCAACCAUGGAGGAGACAAUUUCGAGGCAAUCUGUGACAAUUACGACCCUGUAGUGAUGAACGAGGACAGUUCGUCCAAUUCUCCAUCGGAGGUGGAGGUGAUGGAGCCGUCACUGCCCCCGUUGCCUCCAGAGCCACCCCCACCCAAGCCAGCGCCGCCCUCGGUAGACAAGAGAGAAGACCUCACCACCUACACCUCCUUCCUACCCCUCCCCAACACAACACACACAGUUCCUCCCCCAAUGGGCUACGACCUUCCCUUCAACAACUGGUUACCCCCUGGGGCAGACAUGCACCCCAACGUCAUGUUUCCUCCUCCUCAGAUGAUGAACUAUUCAAACCCUCCUCCUCAGCAGCAUUUCCCCUUCAUGAACCAACCUCCUCCACCCCUCCCUUACCAGAUGACCAUGCCUCCGCCUUGCCACCAACAUUAUCGUAUGCCGAAUCAGGCUUCCGGCAUGGUCGGCGUUCGGCAAGAAGUGAAAAAUGUUCCCAAUCCAGUAUUAACCAACGCUUUGAAUAGCAUUGACGAUCUAAGUACACAUUUGGAAGGAUCGAAAUGCAAACAUAACCCAUUAGGACAAAAUAAUCAGACAGUUCAAGAAGCCAUUGACAGUGUAAAAAAGUGCCUGAAGAAUUGUGACGCUCUAAAGAACAAAGAUCCGAGGCUAGCUGUGGUAGAAGGCAGGACAAAAUCCCCAGAAAGAUCGGAAUCCUUGACCAAAACUGAUGGAAAGAUUAAGAUUACUCUGAAUUAUAAACCUAGACCUGUGUCGGAUGUACAACAAACAUCUUUAUUUGAACCUACGGAUGAAGAAUCUGAUUCUAAAACUAUCAGGUCGAGUGAAUCAAGUAAAAAUUCUAAUAAUUACAGUGAAAAAAAUUCAAAAAUUGAAGAUAUUGUUUCCAAAUUAAAAGACAACAUUAACACAUGUUCCAGUGUAUCAUCAGAAGAGACAGAUAAAAAUGAACUGCAGAGGCAUUCAACUGCUGCUAAAAAUCCAGGCGAUGAGCCAUAUGAUCCUUUUAAUGUCAGCGAUGAGAUAAGCAAUUGUAGUGGAAAUAUUGAGGAAACUAAAACAAGCUUACCAAAUAAACAAAAUGAUAAAAGACAAACUAUUACAUUUAACGAUACCACACCCAAGCUAUCUCAGUCUGAGAUUGAGAAUAUCAAUGACCAAGUAAAUAAAUCUUUUUCUUUCAUACUUUCACACUCCAUUGAAAGAAAGCGUCUGACUCCAACUUGGUCAAAUAUUGUCUCAAAAAAGGCAGAAAAACAGAGGAAAUCUGAAUUUGAUGAUAAAAUCCAAUCUGUGACAAAACCAUCCCAGUUGAAUCAAGAAAAUCAACAAAGCAAUACAAAAACACCUGAAGUUGUUUCGUCUGUGAAAACAUCUUCAAUUCUUGAAAAUGAAAUAGUUGAAAAUUCAAAAUUUGGUUCACUGCAAUCCAUCUCAAGAACUAAUUCCAAUAGGGGCAUUGAGAGAGAGAAUACCACAAAUAUUCCAACUAAGUUGGUAACAAGUAAAUUUCAAAACAUUUUUGAACAACAUUUAGAUCAACACAAUAAAAUCCAGUCAGAGAAUUUAAAUAAAAAGGAAUUUGUUGAACAACCAAAAGAAGAAAAGGACAAGAUUUACCUUCCAGGUAGCCAACAGUUGAAUAGUUUGGGAGAGUCACAGUCUAAAAUGUGUAAUCCACCAACGCCCAUUCAAGAGUCUAAAAGUGAAUCACCAGAUGUAAAUAAAAGUAAGACCAAAGAUGCUUUUGGUGAUGGAAAGUCAAAGAAUUUGCGUAGAUUAAUGGACAAUGACGAUGAUGAAUCCUCAGAAUCAUUUUGUCAAAACCCUAACACCCUCAAUAAAAAUGAAGAUAAACAACUGAAAGACAGGCCGGAAAAUUGUAAACCAAUAAUAGAAAGACUUUCCUUGGAAAACCAAGAACUUCCGUAUGAUGCAGGAUCUGAUAAUAUCAGGCAAAAUGCUUACAUUAAUAUUUCUAAGCAGAAAGUUGGAAUAAAUGAACAUAGAUUUGAAGAAACAUUUGCCAUUACAGAAAAGUCCAAAAUACCUCAUAAGAAAACUGUUUUUGGCGAGUCAAAAAACUAUUACAAUUUAGAAAGAAGGAGUAAUCCUCCUUUGUCUAUACCUACAAAAGGAGAGUUGAAAAGAUUCCCUACACCUGAGAGGAAUAUGCCAAUUAUAAGGAAAACAGAGCUUUGUUUGGACACAAAAGAGACAAAAUCAGAACAGAAAAUGUUAGCCUGUUCGAUAGGAGGGGAUUUAGAAGAGAAUCAGGGCAAAGAAGUUGCAAAGUUGCCGUCAAGCAAAAUUGUUGAAUCCAUUCUACACGAUUUUGAUGAAAGCAAUUCUAUUGGUUGUGAUAUCCAAAUUGUAAACAAAGAAAAACCUGACAUCAUUGCUGUGAAAGAAUCGAAAGUAAACUGUGAUACCGUUGAACUAGAAACUUGCAAACACCAGCCUCAAAAAGACACCUUUGAGUUGAAAACUUCAGAACCAUCACAAACGCACAGUGAAGAAGAAGAAACUGUGUUUUCUGCUGUAGACCAAAAAGAAAGACAAGAAUUAAAUAGUAUAAAUUGUAAUUCCCAAAGUGACAUUGAUGCAAAAGUUAGGAGAAGAAGCCAAAGAAAAUCAAAAGUGUCAAAAUAUAAAAUCAAUAAUGAUAGAAAUAAUGAGGAUUCUAACUGCUCAACAGAAACACCGAAAAUUGAACACGAUCAUGAAAAUCUUCAACCAAUUGUAGGUGAUGACAAUAUCCAAAGUUCUAAUACCGGUCAUUUGAUGAAAACAGAUUCUAAUGAUAAGACCUUGCAAAACUUUAAUUCUAAAAAUGCUCAAGUUACUAUAAAUUCUGCGAAAUCCAAUGAGAAACAAUUAAAACCAUGCCCUCUAUCAAGAAAAAGUAAAUCCUACAUAUCACAAAAUCUACCUCUUUCCUUUGACCUAUCAGUUGACGGACAUCUAAUAAGGAGAGGAUUCAAGACACUUCGAGUAAGGAUGCAUACAUUAACACAUCUACCUUCCACUACCAGUUCCCUGGAAGUCUCCUCUGCAAGCACUCAUGGUGAUAGCGAUAGUGAAUCUGUAGAUAUACUAUCUGAUAAAAAUGCAGAAUUUUUAAGUGAAAAAAACACAGUUGCAAAACAAAGUCUUAAAAAACCAAAAAAGAGGGUGUCUUUUGAUUUAAAUGUCAGUGAAAUAUUUGAUGACUUUAAAUCCUUUUCCGACAAUGACGAAGAUUCUGUAAACCAUAAAUCAGAAGAAGAAAUAAACGAUAAAGAUUUGGACAGGUGUGAAAGUGGUAAAGUAAUUGAUACACCAAUUGAUAACUUGCAUUUUGAUGCCUCUAAUAAUAAUCAAGCUGUAAGUAAAAGUAAAUGUGAAAAAGUUAACUUAAUUAAUAUUCAGAACCCAAAUGAUUGUAAAACAUAUAAUCCUGCUGAAAAUACAUCACAAAGUAUUGCAUAUGUUUAUCAAAAUAUUACGAAGACUUUGGCUUCUUUGAGGGAAACACCUUUCACAAAGUUUAAUAAAAGAAAAGCUGUAGCCGUAAGUAUCCCAAGUCCUCAAGAAAUGCCAGAAAUUAAAUUUCUCAGCUCCUUGAAGAAAUCAUUCUUAGUUGACUCAAAAACAUCUAAUUUACAAGAGGCGUCGGAAAAUCUAACAAAAUUAAAAGAUACAAAAACUUAUGAAGAGAACACCAAAACUGAACCUUUUAAAGAGAAGAAUAUAAAUAAGGAUACUUCAACAAAAUAUUUAAUGGAUGUUGUAGAAGGGAAAGACUCUAAUGUGUCAGAAGUGUGUACGAGUGAUAAUGAUGACUCAAUGAUUCUUGAUAAAGAACUAUCAGACCUGGCCAAAGGGUGCUUGGAUUCAGACAGCAAUGUAGGAGAAGAUGAUGAUAGUGUUCUAAACUUUGGCAUGGUAGCUUCAGAAGAUAACUCAGUCGAUAAUGAGUUUAAUUUGAACUGUAAGAAUGUUGAGUUUUCAAAGUCAUCAGCACGUCCGAAUAGCAAGCUUACGUCCCCACAUAAUGUUAAGAAGAGAUUGGCAAGAAAGUUUAGAUCUGUAAAUAUAGAUAGGGAUGUUAAAAUCAGCAAAGACAUGGAUUCUGAUAUGAACUCAAGAGAAGAAAACAGCUCAGAUGGCCUAAAAAGUCUGUCAAUUGAAAAACAAUGUGGAUCUCAAAAUACAGAAAACAGUACACAAAUGUGUGAUGAACCUUCAAAAGACAAAGAAAAUUUAAUUGAUGAAGUGAAUAAAGAAUCAACAUUAGCAGGCCUUAAAGAAAAUGAUAACUGUGUGAUAGAUGCUACUUUAACAAAAGAAAAUAACCAUCGCAAAACAAUGAGAAGAAUUAGCAAAAGGCAAAAGAGUAAAUUAAAAAAGGUUUUGGAUGAACAAAAUAAUGAAGAUAAUGAAGAUUUAUCUUGUGUUGGUGAUCUUAUAUCUACAUCCAAAAUCAAUGAAAAUGUUAAUUUAGACCCAGUUUUACUUGAGUUUGAAAAUAAGGAAGUUGACUCAAACAAAGAUAUAAAAGAAUGCUGCAAUCAAAGCAGUGAAAAUCUUGUUUUCAAUGAUGAUUGCCCAAAUAACAAUUUGCCACAUGCCAAUGACAAAUCUAAAGCAAUAGAUUCAAAAAAUGAGUUAGUAAAUUCAAGCUUUAACAUAAAUUCUGAAGAGACCCCUGGGAGUGAGAAACAAGACAUCUCUUUUAUUGAUAAUACCAAUAUAACCCCAGUUAAAAAUACCCACAACACAACAACCUUACAGAAAAAUAAAAGAAAUAAUGGAAGUAGGACAAACAUAAAACCUUUUAAAACUGAUGUUGAACCAAAAUUAUCAACGCUUAGGAAAUCUCGAAGAGGUAAAUUGUUAGAACAAGAUUCAUUAGAUUCACCCGAACAGACAGUCUGUGAAGAAAAAAUCAAUCAAACUUCAGAUUCUAAAGGAAAAGUUAAUGAAAUGUUGAACACAAGGAGAACAAGAAGUGGGAAGAUUGUUGAGAAUGACUCUACAUGUGAUGUGUAUUUUAACUGUAAAACAAAGCAAGAUUCGCUUCUAAAUGAUAUUGAGAGCCUUACUGCUGAAAAACAGAUUAAAAAGUCCAUAAGUAUUCCCGAGAAAGAGUUCCAUUCAGAAAUAUUAUCUCAUAAGGAUUACCUUCUUGCUUGCAAAACAGAUUGUUCAACAGAAAACAUGGAUCAAACUGAAAAAGUGCCAAAUCAAAAUUCCAAAGCUGAAGAGGCAAAUACUGAUACUAGUCAAAAGGAGAGUGUGAUUGAGGGUCACAUCUGUAUAAGUAAGCUGGACCAUUCACAUGAGGAGUUCAUAGUUGAUGAACAUAAGGGUAGUUCAAAUGCAUCAAUAAAUGGUGAUAAUACCGACAACAACCUGGAAGAAGUUAAGAAGCUAGAGGAUGUGUCUUCAACUACGUUAGAUAUAGCUCCAAAACGAAAAACACGAUCAUCCCAGCGCAAAAAAGGGUGUGCACAAGGCACUAAAGAAACAUACAUUGAACCUGACAAAGGUCUUCUUGAAGAAAUCUCAGAAUCCCCAUCAAGAAAGACUAGAAGCAAAUGUGAUAUUAUCGAACCAAGCGCCGAAGAUAAUCAAAACAGUAAUAUUGAUUGCACUAAUGUUAGGUUAAAUUGUGAAAGUAAUAAAUUAAACCAGGACAUUAUAAAGGACGAAUCCAAUAUUAAAAAUCCAUCUACAAUUGAAAGAACUUCUUCAACUGAUAGCUCUGAUGAACCUCUUAUAUUUACUAAAAACAAAUUAAUUGCCGAUAAAAACAAAACCCAAACUCCUAGCAAAACUCCAACAACAGAGUUUACAAUUAGUAAUGGUAUAAAUAAUACAACUGAGGAAAACGAUAAAAAAGACCUUAAAAAAGAGGAUAUAAAAUUAAAGUGUAUGUCUUCUGUUGCUUCUGGUUCAACGACAUCAAAUCAAGGAAAUAUAAAAGAAAGUAAUGCAUCAAAUGGGGAUCAAAAUGUGAAGGAUACAAAAAGCGAUGGAAAUGGUUCCUAUUCUUCAGAUAACAAAUUUUCAAAUUCAGAUAACACCAACAAUACAUCUAAUUUUAAAAUGAAUGACAUUUCAAAUUCUGACAAUUCCUCAAACUCUCCUAUUAGUGUCAAUGUCAACGCGGCACCUAUGAAACACAAUCAAUCAGUAACAAUCAACCCUCACAGUUUGUAUUCAGCUAUGAUUCAUCCAAAAUGCUCUUUAAAUCCUAAACUAAAGGAAGCAAUGAGAAAAAAGAGGGAUAAAGCUGAAGUCGAUGCAGAAAUCAAAAGAAGAUUGGCCGAAAUAGAUGAGUUGGAAAAGUUGGCGAGAAGUCAACAUAAAAAUGUUUUGGAAAAGAUUGGUGCAAGAACUCGCAGCCUUACUAUGAACUCUAACAUUGAUGAAGAAGAUGACGUAGUUAGUAUUUCUAGCGAUGAUUCACAAGGUACAUCGGUCGGUGCAAAUGAAGUAUCAAAUGCUGUUUCAAAGAUAUCAGACAUUGGCAAGUCUGAGGAUAUCAAUGAAGAACCCACAACAACUCAAGAGGAUAUGUGUAAAACAUCUUCUGCUUCUGCACUCAUAGCUCAAGAAAACUCUUCAUUUAGUCGAUUACUAAAAGGAUCGGUCUCAAUUCUACCAAUUGACUGUACCACCAAGAAAAACAAAUUAAGCUAUGUAGAAACUGAAAAUACAAGCCAAGAGCGCUCUAAAAAUCAAAUUAAGUUGUGUGUAGAAACCUCUUUGACAAAUGUUAGAAACAAAAAGGAUGAUUUAAAUAAUGAGAAGGCUAUUGUAAACUUACCUCAGCAUGUAUCAAGCAAUGUUACAUUAGAAAUUUGCAAAACGCCUUCAUCUGUCAAUAAGCAACAACCAGUAUUACCACUGAGCAAAGAGCCUAAUGCUUCACGCCCUAUUAAAAAUUUAAGAAACAAUCAGAGGGAUGUAGUAUCAAUUUAUCAAUUCAGAGAGUCCGAUGAAUCAGACACGGACGAAGAAAUUAACCAAAAACAAAAAUAUAAUCGAGUUUCCAGGAAAAGUGUUGAAAUGGAAAAACAAAAACCUAAGGCAAAUCAAACUUCCAAAUUAAUAGGAAAAUCACUCAAGAUUCAAGAAAAGUCUGAUACGAAGAGUAAAUAUGUGUCAGUCACUCAUGAACGUUCCCCGGACAAAAAUAACAGUAGCUUGAGAGACCCAUCUCCAUUCAAUGAGCAUGUGAAGAAAACUUGUGAAUCCGCCGAACAUUCAAAUAACCAAAAAGACCUCACUUUAAAUUCUAAUGCCGUUCCAGAACCAGACUCCAGUACCUCUGUUAUGGAUCCCUCAAGUACAUCUUGUAAGCAUUCUGGAGGAUUAGAAAAGCCAACUGAUUCACCAAAAGAUGAGAGAGCUUCAACUCAAGGAGAUGAAAUUAAUUCUGUAGUGUCAUCAAACAAUACCUCCCAGGAAUCAGAUAUGACUCCAUCUUCACCUAUUACAGGCUUUAAGCAGCCAUACAGGAAAUCAAUGGUAAAUAGGCGGAGGAAGAAACGUAGAUCAUAUUUUGGAAGAUGCAUGAUUCCCAACAACAACUUGGGUAACUCAUCUAGUGAAUCAUUCGAUGACAACGACCACACUGGUUCUCAAAGUGAGGAAGUAGUCUCAUCAUCAGUUACUUCUGUACAAAUUCCUCAAGACAAAAAGAAGAGGAGAAGAAGAAAAACUGUCAUGGAUCUUUUAAUGGAAGAUUCUAUGCUUUCAGUAACUAGAGAUUUUCCAAUGUCUCCAAACCCGUACAUGUUUUCCUCAUUUUAUAAAGAUAUUGAUCUAUCAAAUUCGGUUAACAAACCAAGUGCUGUUAAUGAGACGGUUACAAGUGAACAAAAUUCUCGGAGAACUAAUGAUGAUCAUUGUUUACCAUUAAAACCAGAUUUUCUUGCCCAAAAGCUUAAAAUAUUAGAAAAAUUGAAAAGUAUCAGUCGAAAAAACAGAAAAACAAGGCAAUGUCGUACAUUGGUGUGUUACAAUGAAGAUUCUUUACCAGAAAGUUUAGUAGAAUCUCCAGUCGGAGAAAGUGUCCCCAGUAAUAAUGAUGGAGGAAUAAUGUCUCAGGAAAUUUUAGACCAAACAACAUUUAACGAAAGCAACCAAGAUAGUUCUGGAAAGUUACUCCAAGAAAAUGUUGCAACACCAAAAUCAAAAUUUGACAGUGGAAUUGGAGAUCAUAUGGAUACUACCUUAUCUUCUGAAACAUUAGAAAAAGAACAAAAAUCAGUACCACCUAAAAUUCCUCUCAAAAGAGGAAGGAAGAGUAAAGCUAAGACAGUGAAGAAUGUAAACGACGAUUUUGAAACGCCAUUAGAAACAGCAUCUAAAGUUUGUCCAAGUGAAAACUCACCAACAGAAAAUCGUUCAUCUACUAAUGAUCAACCAAAGGAUUGCAACUUAUCUUUUGAAAAUAUUUCAAAGAAUAACAACGAUGAAUUAUCUGAAUUUGACAAACUUUUAGAAAGCAAACCCAAAGAUGGUGCUAGGGCAAAACUGUCGUAUAAUUAUGACUCAGGGUUACCAAGGAGUCCAAGUGAAGACAAAUCAGAUGAUGCUCCAGACGAUUUUUUUAGUUCACUUCCUUCACCCCGACAAAGUAGUGAUGAUGAAUCUUCCGCAAAUGAAAUCACAAAUGAGCGUUUAUCUUCUCAAUUUACCUCAGAACAAAAAACAAUUGCUGUCAAUGAUGAAUGCUUUAAGAAACAACAAAAGAUGAUUCCUGAAAAAAUUAUUUGUAGUAUACCCAAAAGAAAAGUUGGUAAGAUGUUGCCAUAUUUUGGAGAUUCUUCUUCAGAUGACUACGAUGAUGAUGAUGAUGAUCUUGACGAAGACAUUCCUCUUUCAGUUAAGCUUACACAGUAUAAUGAAGAUGGUAUAAAAGAUUUUGAACCCAAAUCAGAAGAUGAUAGUUUUUCAAAUUCAGAAGAUCCAGGUUUGUCAACUAUAGCUUCAAGUAUAUGCCCACCACUGAAAAAGAGGCGCAAAAAUUCAAAGAAACAACAACCAAAAAUUAGGCAAUCUGGAAGAUCUACUCGAAGUAACACCAGUAAUUUACCUGAAGAAGACACCGAAGAAGGUUCUAAAGCCAAUAAGAACGUUGAAGUUUUUGACAACUCUCUAGAUAUAAAUCCUGAAUCCCAAGUUCAACUUAGGAAAAGUAAUCGGAAGCUCAAGAAAACCAACUUUUUGUGUAAAGAACCUGUAAAUUGCAUAAAGAAAACUUUAGAUGAAAUACCUAUUGGUAAAGAUGGUGAAAACAAAAUUGAGAUACAUUUAGAGUCGAAUGAUGAGAUUGUAUCUUUCAAACGAAAGGGAAGGCCCCCAAAGGCUAAAAAACUGAAAGAAAAUAGUUUAGACACAACGAGGCUGUAUGAUCAGCCAAUUACAGAUGUUAAGACUUCUGUUGUAUCUGAAGAUCAAGAUAGCAGAGAGAUUUUCUACAGUUCUUGCGAUACAAGAAAACCAGAAACAUUGUCAAAAAUGGGCAAUGAACAUAUGAUAAAUCCAAUGUACAUAUCAGACAAUGAUGUAAAGGGAGACAAUGAUGAAUCUUCAGAACCUACCUUGAAUUCUGUUAAUCAAAAAAGUAUUUCUUUAAGAAAAACUAGAGGUAAAAGUGACAUAGAAAUCAAAAUAAAUAAUGAAGUAACUUAUAAUCAAAAUAAUGAAAACUAUUCUGAUGAUUACACCAAUGAAGAUUCACUACUGGAGGAUUUGCCAUUAAAUAAAAGGGCUGCUAGGGAAAUAACUUCUAGAAAAAGGGGUAGGAAGGAUAACUUAUUUGUAGAUGAUAGUACACAACACCUUAUAUUGGAUAAUCCAGUAACGAAAACUGGUGACGACCAUGAAAGCAUUGAAGACGCUAAUUUAAAAAACAAAGAUGAAGGAAAUCAAUCUUUAGACAAAACUUUUAAUGAAUCACCACCUUCGUUGGUUCGAACAAGAGCAAGAAGAGCCAAGCUGUUAACAACAGAUUGUAAUGAUCUAGAUCCUCCGAGCUUAGAAACUUCCAUCCAACCAAGCAUGAAUGAUGAAAAAUAUGACUUUGAUGCCUCAGUCAAUACAGAUAGUAAUUUAGAAAGUGUGGACACUUUAAUACUCUCAGAUACAAAUUUACCACCACGUAAAAGAGGUAGAAAGCCUAAGACUGCUGGCACGACAUCACAUCAGAAAGAUGACAAAGAUGAAACCUUUAAUGAAAUUCCAAAAAAAGAAGCAGAACAGAUUAAACCACCAGAGAAUGAAGAGUUGAAUCAAAGGGAAUCAAGAUCCAUGGACUUACAACCUCUUCCCAAGAAGAGGGGACGUCGAGGAAGACGUAAAAUAUAUCGUAAAAAACCUGCAAAUAACAAAUACAACAAGAAUGAGUCCGAUGUUGAUUCAGACGCUGAAACUAAUAUGCCAGAGAUAUCAACCGAGGAUGAUAUGAUAGCUGAAAACAACCAAUUAGAAGUUGAAGAAGGAACGAACAACUCUACCCAGGUUAGUGGAGAAUUGAUAGAUAAUGCCAGUUUUGUAAUGAAAGACGACGGAAGGAAAAGAAGGCGGAAACCAAGGGAGGACAGAAUUGAAACAGAAAUUGCAGAUACCACAACAGACAUCGUGGUUGAAAAUGGUUCUGCAGAUAUUGAGUGUGAAGCCAAAAAAAGAAAGACUUCUGACAUUGACCUAAAAGAAGAAUCCGAACCAAAAGAAGAAGCCUCAACAUCUGAAGGCACUGUUGAAGAUCCCCACUUUCACCUAGCUCAGAGCUGUGCAAACCAGCCAUUCCUAUGGAACAGGAUCAGUGCGUUCUUGAAUAAAAGCACUCGGUCAGUCGGGACACAAGUUAGGGUAAAGAACUUGACCCUGAAAGGGUUUGAAACAUCUGAGCCAGAAGUGAGCUUACAGAGUGAACUGACAUUACCUCAAGUAAUCAAAACACUGUUUGAAGAGCUGAGAUUUAUAGAUAGUAGUUUUUCCAAUUCCUAAUUUAUUUAUCAGUUGUCUACCCAGUUUGAAUACUCAAAUAUGAAGUACACUAGUUUAUGUAUUGUUUAUAUAAUUUUAGUAAACCUCGAUUGUAGAUCACAAUCAUUCCUCUGGUAACCAGAUUUAGGCUGUGACAUUUAUUAAGUAUCCCACCGAGAUUUUAUGUCAACAUCAUUUUAAUGAUUCGUUGUACAAAUUGUAAAGAAUUGAUGUAACUAUUAUUGAAGACAAAGUGCCUUUUAAUGUACAUUAAACUGUAUAAUAUUAGUCUGUAGGAAACUUCGUUGUAAAUAUGUAUACACUGUAUAUACUUUUAUUCCAUUAAGAUAAUGUACAAAUAUUUUAUCUACAUUUCUGUACUUAUUGUCAAAAUUCAUCUAAGGCCUGGCUAAGCAAAAUUAUUCUAUGAAAUAUUAUAUUUUGCUGUUAUUAUAUAAAAUGGUGUAGAGUAACCAAGACUUGUCCAGCAUAAAUAUGUGAGUAAUUAGACUAUGAUUGUUUGAUAUUUGGAUAUAAGUUUAAGUAAGACUGUUUCUGUCUCAUUAUGAAUUUCUGUAUACUAUCAUUUCAUUUCAUAGUUGUUAUUGUUGUUUGUUGCUAACUCAAGACUAAUUUGAUAUGGUGCCAUGGGUUAUUCAGUAUAUUUUAGUACUGUAGUUAUUAAAACAUAACCAAAACAGUGUUUCUCAACCCUUUCUUGAAACAUGUUGUCAUUUAAAUUCAAAGUCAAAACAUGCUUUUGUUUUGUAACAUUAGUACAAAACACUAAUUUUACACACAAAAUGAUUUGUAUCAAUAAAAACUUGUUUUGCAAUAUGAGUUUUGUCCCAAAAAACAAAAGAUAUAUAAAAACAAAGACAGUUUGUUUAUUCUGGCAAUUUUAGGUAUUCGUAAAAUAUAUCUAUUACUAUAUUUCAUGUUACUGUAUAAUUAAAGUUUAUAUUCUAAGGAAUGUUCCUUGUUUACAACCCCAUGGCAGCUUUGCACACCUUUGUGUGAUUUUCAUAAACAAUUGUUCGGAAUUAUA